AUGACGUUUCCUAAAAAUUUGAACAAGGUGACAAACUCGACGGUAUACUUCAUUAUAGGGCACCCGGAUGAUGAGGUUAUGUUUUUUGCCCCAACAAUACUUGAAUUAUCCAAGCUGUGGUAUGGUAAUGAUGUUGAGUUGAUUUCAUUUUCCAAAGGUGACGCAGUGCACGAAUCGAUGGCUAGAAUCCGCUCCCAAGAAUUGUACAAUUCUGCGAGAAUGUUGGGUGUUGACCGAUCGAAAGUUCAUAUUUUGAGUUACAAAGAUGGAAUGAACGAGACCUGGCUGUUUGAUAGCGUAGCGAAAUCAUUAGGCAAAAUAAUAGAUUUGGAUAAAAAGACAAAAAAGGGUAUUGUUUUAAUCACUUUUGACGAAUCUGGUGUAUCGAGUCAUCCCAACCAUAUAUCAUUAUAUUAUGGAACCAAGGAAUUCUUUAAAACGCUUCCGCCAAAGUCAAAACAAGUCACUAAAUUAUUUACUUUAAAAAGCCUCGGAUUUUGGGAAAAGUAUAGUUUUACUUUGCUAACAAAUAUCGAAUUGUUUGUAAACUAUAUUUCGAUAUUGAUUAGAAAAUUUGCACCUGUCAAUAUCAACGUUAGUUUUUUCAGUCCUGUAAACAAUUCAACUUCAAUAAAGAUAUACUCGGAUUUGAACAUGCUUGCUUGUAGUUAUGCGGCGAUGGCAUAUGGACACUUUAGCCAAAUGGUAUGGUUUAGAUAUGGCUGGUUGGCAUUAAGUCGAUACCUCACAUAUAACCAUUUAAUAGAGAUUUAA